AUGUUUGGCUCAUCGCCACGGCUCCACCCGAUGUUCUUUCUGUCCCAUGAAUCAUGUAGUGCCUUGCGUUUAGUCUUGGCUCCACUGCUUGCCUAAUGAACAGUGCCGCGGAGAUGGUCGGAAGCUGCCAUGGCCGCCCAAAUUUGCGUGAGGCUGUCGCUGGGCCACAUCCCGUCUCUUUCGCUCUCGCGCAGGAAGCUGAAGUACACAGCACUAAAGGCACGAGCAUUGAAGAUUAGGGCUGUUGCUUCUUUUGGGUCUCAAAAUCAAACAGGUGGUGGGCUGUUGCUGCCGCAGGGGAACAGUUCUGAGAACAUUCAAGAGAAGAGCACAACCAAGAAGAGGGUGUUCUUUUUGGACGUUAAUCCUCUUUGUUACGAAGGAAGCACUCCAAGCUUGCGCUCCUUUGCUCACUGGAUCUCCCUCUUCUUCUCUGAUGUUAGCCAUAGCGACCCCGUCAUUGCUGUUGUUGACGGGGAAAGAGGUAAUGAGUAUCGUAGACAAUUGCUACCUUCAUAUAAAGCCCAUAGGAGGAAAUUCUCAGGACAAUUAUCCACUUCACGAAGGUUCUCAAGGGGUCCUGCUAGAAGGUCACAUCGGCUCAUCUCAGAUGUUCUUAAGAAAUGCAAUGUGCCAGUGGGUGAACCUUCUCAUUAUUAUCCAAGUGACACUCUUUGUGUUUUACAAAUAUAUUUUAGUUGUCUUAUUGGCAUUUGAAGAUAAUGUAAUGCAGGUCCUAAAAGUUGAAGAUCAUGAAGCUGAUGACGUUGUGGCUACACUUGUAGGACAAGUUUUACGAAGAGGAUAUCGGGUGGUUAUUGCGUCUCCUGAUAAAGAUUUCAUGCAAUUGAUAUCUAAAGAUGUUCAAAUUGUUAUGCCUAUUGCAGAGCUUGAUCGGUGGUCCUUUUAUACUGUAAAACACUAUAGGGCUCAAUAUAGUUGUCAUCCACACUUUGAUUUGAGUCUCACUUAUGUUGAAGGAAGCAUCAUUGGAGAUGAAGUUGAUGGGGUUCCUGGGAUUCAACAAGUGGUUCCUGGUUUUGGUCGGAAAACUGCUGUAAAGCUCUUAAAGAGGCAUGGUUCGCUGGAAAAUUUACUAGGUGCUGCAGCAGUAAGAACAGUUGGCAGACCAUAUGCACAAGAUGCUUUAACAAUGCAUGCUGAUUUCCUUAGGAGAAACUACGAAGUUCUAGCCUUGAGGAGGGACAUUGAUGUUCAUCUUCAAGAGGAAUGGUUGUCGGAGAGAGAUGCACACAAUGACUCGGUUAUUUUAUUGAACUUCGUCAAAUGGUUGGAAGAAUCAAAUAAGCUCAAUAAGAAAAGUGGAUCCCAUACAUCGAAUCUUUGUGUUUAAAUUUUUCAACAGGAUGGGAACUACUCUUUUUAAUAGUGAGACUUAAACAUCCCUUGGAUGGCUUUUUAUUUUGUGUGGGAGUAUUUGCCUAUGAGGAUGGGGAUUGUAGCGAGGCAUCCUUUUGGUUUAUGACUUCAAAUCAUUGUGCACUUCUUCUGGAUCAUGCGGGGCUUGGAUACUCCAUUCUUGUUAACGUAUAAUCUCUACAAACUUUAAAUAAACAAUGCCCAGUGGGAUCUUUUUGAGUUGGACAAA